AUGGGGGACGAAGCUGCCGGAGGGGCUGCCUCCAUCGCGGCCAAUCGUGAGAUUUUGCCUGCCAACGUCAAGCCGGUCCAUUACGAUUUGACUCUAGAGCCCGACCUUGAGAAAUUCACUUACGAAGGAACAGUGGUCAUAGAUCUUGAUAUCGUCGAGGACAGCACGUCUAUUACCCUCAACUCUGUGGACCUUGACAUUCAUUCGACCACAAUCAUCCCGGAGAAUGGAAGCGAGUUUAAAGCGUCUUCCAUCUCGUUGGAUAGCGAUAAGCAGACCGCUACCGUCAAACUUGACCAGACAAUGCGUGCCGGAUCCAAAAUCAAGAUGACGCAAAAGUUCUCCGGGAAACUGACUGACCACAUGGCUGGUUUCUAUCGAUGUUCGUACAAGGAUGCCGCAGGCAAUACGAAAUAUAUUGCUUCCACGCAAAUGGAGCCCACGGAUGCUCGACGGGCUUUCCCGUGUUUUGAUGAGCCGGCGCUGAAAGCACACUUCACUGUUACGCUCGUUGCGGAGAAGAACCUAACUUGCCUAAGCAACAUGGACGUCGCUCACGAGAAAGAGGUUUUGAACGCCGAUGGCAAAUCGAAGCAGUCUGUGACAUUUUCCAAGUCACCGCUCAUGUCGACCUACCUGCUAGCUUUCAUCGUGGGUGAACUCAAAUACAUUGAAACCAAGGCCUUUAGGGUACCUAUCCGUGUUUAUGCAACUCCCGAUCAAGACAUUGAACAUGGCAGAUUCUCGCUAGAUCUAGCUGCGAGAACAUUGGAUUUCUACGAGAAAGCUUUCGAUAGUGAAUUCCCACUUCCCAAAAUGGACAUGGUCGCGGUCCCAGACUUUGCAGCUGGUGCAAUGGAGAACUGGGGUCUGAUAACCUACCGAAUUGUGGAUGUGCUGUAUGACCAGAAGACUGCCGGUGCCGCAACCAAGGAAAGAAUUGCUGAGACUGUCCAACACGAGCUUGCUCACCAAUGGUUUGGGAAUUUGGUGACCAUGGAUUUCUGGGACGGUUUAUGGCUCAAUGAAGGGUUUGCCACAUGGAUGUCUUGGUAUUCUUGCAACAAGUUCUAUCCUGAAUGGAAAGUAUGGCAGAGUUAUGUUGUGAACGAUCUUCAACAGGCUCUAUCACUUGACGCCCUGAGAAGCAGCCAUCCAAUCGAGGUUCCUGUGAAACGAGCAGAUGAAAUUAACCAGAUCUUUGAUGCUAUUUCUUACUCCAAGGGAUCUGCGGUUUUGCGUAUGGUUUCAAUGUAUAUGGGCGAAGAGAAAUUUCUGGAAGGCAUUCGGCUGUAUCUUAAGAGACAUGCAUAUGGGAACACAACCACGUCUGAUCUGUGGGCAGCAUUGAGCCAGGUGAGCGGAAAGCCCAUUGAGGCCGUGAUGGAGGUUUGGACAAAGAAGGUUGGAUACCCCGUCGUUACUGUGCAAGAAAAGCCAGACCAGAAGGUUAUUUCCAUUAAACAAAACCGCUUCCUUCGCACUGGGGAUGUGAAACCGGAAGAGGAUACGACAGUUUACCCUGUUGUUCUACGAUUGAAGAGCAAAAAGGACGUAGACGAAACUGUCAUGUUAACCGACCGCGAGCAAGACCUCAAAUUGCCAGAAUUGGACUUCUUCAAGCUCAAUGCCGAUCACUCAAGCCUUUUCAGGACCCGCUACAGUCCCGAGCGGCUUGAGAAAUUGGGCAGAGAUGCCAAAGCAGGCCUCUUAAGCGUUGAGGAUCGGGCCGGAAUGAUUGCUGAUGCAGGUGUUUUGGCCGCGUCCGGGUACCAAAAGACUUCGGGAAGUCUUUCUUUACUUCAAGGAUUCGAUAAUGAGCCGGAAUUUGUGGUGUGGAACGAGAUCCUAGGAAGACUGGGUGCUGUUCGCAGUGCGUGGAUUUUUGAGGAUGUCCAAGUUAGAGACGCACUGAAAACGUUACAGCGUAAACUCACCAGUUCGAAAUCUCAUGAACUUGGCUGGGAGUUCUCUGAGAACGAUGGACACGUUCUGCAGCAAUUCAAGGCUUUGAUGUUUGGAUCAGCGGGGGCCGCUGGAGACCAAAAGGUUCUUGAAGCCGUGAAGGAUAUGUUUAGCCGUUUUUCGUCUGGCGACUACUCGGCUAUCCACCCUAACCUCCGUGGGAGCGUGUUUGACCUUGUACUCCGCAACGGCGGAGAGAAGGAGUACAAUGUUAUUCUUGAUCGAUACCGAAAUGCCCCAACAUCGGCCGAGAAGAAUACCGCACUUCGCUCCCUGGGAAGUGCGCAGCAGCCGGAAUUGGUCCAGAGAACCCUUGACCUGUCGCUUUCGGACGAAGUGAAGGCACAGGAUAUCUACAUGCCACUGGCUGGGCUCCGGGUGCACCCCACGAGUAUCAUUGCGCGAUGGGAAUGGCUGAAGAAUAAUUGGGAAGCCGUGGUCAAGCGAUUGCCGCCUGCGUUCUCCAUGCUGGGUACUGUCGUGCAGCUCUGCACCGCAAGCCUGUCAACCGAGGAGCAACUGAAAGACGUGCAGGAGUUUUUCAAAGACAAGGACCAGAAGGGUUUCGACCGCUCGUUGGAGCAGAGUUUGGACUCCAUUCGGGCAAAGGCUGGUUGGCUCCGGCGCGAUAGGGACGAUGUUAAGUCGUGGCUCGAGUCUCACGGAUAUCUUGGAGAAUCAAAGCUCUAG